AUGGAAGGCUAUAAUCUUCUCAUGACUAUUUUCACCUACGAAAUAAACACUUUUGACAAACCGGACCAGUAUGUGGAGGACCCUUCACAACCUGUGCUCGCCGUUAAGUUUGACUACGCCGAGCAUCAUAGAUAUGGCAUAUACUCCCCACAAUAUGAUACCCCAAUCCAUCAUUCUAUCAAGAAAGAAGAUCCCCAUGUAAGUCGAUUCACUCUGGCCGAGUUCAAAAGCGACGAAGAUGACGAGUGGAAGGAGCGUCUUUAUUAUGUACUGGACUCAUUCAACGUCGCUGAGGAAGAGCAAGACGAAAUCGUGGAUAAGAUCAUUGAAGUGUUUAACAGAGAAAUUGGAACAUUGGGUUCCGACAAUGAUCCAAAAAUACUGGCAUUGAGUGUAGAUAUGAAGCUAACGCAUUUCCUGGUGUGUCAGCGAGAAUUAGUGGCGAGGGAACUGAGAAAGAGGAUGCUCAAGAGGGUCAGAGUGGUGAAAGAUGACGAGGUUGAGGAGGAUCAAUAUCGAGAGGGCAGAAAGAGGCGUAAGAUCGUAGGUGAGAGUGACAGCUGCACCAUCUGUUUGGAGGAAUUUGGUGCUGAAAACGACGAUGUUCUCUGUAUGCCGUGCUCGCAUGUGUUUCACGGCAAGGAAUGCAUAGAGAAAUGGCUGAGAGAAAAUGACAAUUGCCCGGUUUGCCGCUUCCAGCUACAUGUUUGUUAG